AUGGCUCGUAAUGAGGAGAAGGCGCAGUCUAUGCUCUACCGCUUCCGUGAAGCCCAAGCGGCAGAGCUUGGGCUAGGUACGCGGAGCGACCGACGUCCACGCAUGGCGAGCGCGUGCAAGAGCCUGCGUGACUGUGAGCGCUGGCGUGGCGAAAUUCUGCGAGAAAUCAGUCGAAAGGUAUCUAAAAUACAAGACGGUCAGUGUCCACACUGCAAUGGCGCGAGCUUCAAGUUAAUCUGUCGAAACACAGCUGGACUGUCAGACUACGAAGUCCGUGACCUGAACGAUGAUAUCAACAAAUUGAUGCGGGAGAAGAGGCAUUGGGAGAACCAAAUUGUGGCUUUGGGAGGCGCGAAUUACAGGCGAAAUGUAGCCAUGUUGGACGAUGACGGGCGGGAGGUUCCUGGAACGAAGGGAUACAAGUAUUUUGGAAGAGCAAAAGAGCUUCCCGGCGUCCGAGAGCUCUUCGAGAGUCGCAAAAAGGAAGAAGAUGAAGAAACAGCAACACAAAGCUUCUUCAGACGUUUCACGAACCAGGGACCAUCUUAUUUUGGCGAUUUGGACGAGGCGGAUGGAUCUUUAUUGCAAUACGAGCAAGACGCUGAACAAGAAGAGUGGAAUGAAGCCUAUGAGAAUCUGCGAGAAACGCUGGGUCUUCCAGCAGAUGAACCAAUACCAAAAAUACCUCGAUCAAACGUUUCACACCCAUCCCAAACGCUUCCCCCUUCUGACCCACCACCUUUAUCCUCUGACGCUAAACGCAAAGCACCAUCGGACGACAACGAUGAGAAAGACGAUAAUCAGAACUCUGAUGCAGCAAAACGAUCUAAAACAGACGCUGUCGUACCUUCGACAGGGUCGGAACGCCGAACAGCAGACCCGACGGAUGUGCUGGUGGCACAUGCCAGAGCGGCGGCAGCGUACAUACAGUUCUUGGAGCCAGAGAAUCUCCUUCCUCCCAAGAUGCCGUCGAAAGAGGAAAUGGAAGGUGUAUUGUUAGAGCUAAGAAAGAGGGCUCUUGUGGAUGAGUAUUUUGGGAACUAG